GUAACACUUCCAUUUUUUCAUGAUUUCCAAGGCAGGUCGAAAAAAUUCUCCCGCACCGAAAAACCACAAAAAAAGUUAAUAUAACCGCCAUUGAUAAUCGUAAAAAUAUAAAUAAGAAACAAAGGAGAAAUCUAGGGUUUCAAUUUGACGAAAUUGGAUCAAUCACAUGGAAGGAGUGAGCAAUGGAGGGAUGUUGUACCACGAGGUACAAGAGGCAAAGCUAUGCGCCGUACAUUGUGUUAACACGGUGUUACAAGGACCAUUCUUUUCAGAAUUCGAUUUGGCGGCGCUUGCUUCCGAUCUCGAUACGAAAGAGCGCCAGAUGAUGCAAGAGGGCACUGUCUCCGCCGCUGCUUCUGGUGAUUUUCUCUCUGCCGAGUCUCAUAAUGUCUCCUUAGGCGGUGAUUUCAGUAUCCAGGUUUUACAAAAGGCUUUAGAGGUGUGGGACUUGCAGGUCAUUGCCUCUGAUAGUCCGGUUGCUGAGCAUGCACAGAUUGACCCUGAUCUAGAAAAUGCAUUUAUUUGUCAUUUGCAUGAUCAUUGGUUCUGCAUUAGGAAAGUGAAUGGGGAGUGGUAUAACUUUGACAGCCUCUACGCAGCUCCACAACACUUAUCCAAGUUUUACCUUGCAGCCUAUCUGGAUUCUCUUAAAAACUCUGGCUGGAGCAUUUUCCUGGUGAGAGGAAACUUCCCAAAAGAGUUUCCUAUUGCUUCCUCUGAAGCUUCCAAUGGUUAUGGGCAGUGGCUGUCUCCUGAAGAUGCUGAGAGGAUCAUUAAAUCCGGCAACAACACGCAGUCUCCUCAGAGAAUCAAUUCCACUCAACAGGAUUCUGACCCAUAUCAAGAAAUUCUGUUAGAAAUGGAGGACCAGGACAUGAAAGCUGCAAUAGCUGCCAGCUUGAUGGAACCUUCCCAAUCCAUGAGCAGGGUGGAAACUGGCAGUCCUCAAAAAGACAAUGAAGAUACCAAAGAUGACAAAAAAGAUAGCGAGGACAAAAAGGCUCAAUAAGAAAUAUUCUUUUGCAUUUAUUUUCUGUUAGUUGAGCAACAAGAAACCAUUUCAGGGAGGGUUGAUAGAACACAUGGCAGGUCAUCGUAUUUAUGCAGCACAUACUUCCAUUUUACUUUUUCUCACACCUUCAAACUUUUACUGUAAAAACUCUCAAUCGAGAAGAAAGCUACCUGGCAGCUAUAUGAUUGCAUGGGUUCUCUAACAGG